AUGGCGCUUAAAGCUACAAUUUAUAAGGCAGAUUUGAAUAUUGCCAAUAUGGAUGUCCACCAAUAUGGGGACUAUCAACUGACUUUGGCAUUGCAUCCUUCAGAAACCAUUGAGCGUUUGAUGGUGCGUUUGUUAGCGUUUGCACGUUUUGCGGAUGAAGCUUUAGAGUUUACCAAAGAUUUAUUUGAAACCAAUGAACCUGCGCUGUGGGAAAAAGACCUCACGGGUCAGUUGGUGAAAUGGAUUGAAGUGGGCAGCCCAGACGAAGAUAAAGUGAAAAAAGCCAGUGCACGUUGUAAGCAAGUGGCGAUUGUCACUUAUGGCACAGCGGUCGAUGAAUGGUAUAAGCGCAACAGUAAGUUGAAGACAUUGAACAAUGUAGAAAUCUGGCAGUUGUCGACUGCAAGUACUGAAGCGGUUCAAGCCCUGUGUGAGCGUACCAUGCAACUUCAGUUGAAUGUGAUGGAUGGUUGGAGCGAGAACAUGAGCGCAGAAUUAGAAAUUAUUGAUUUGGUUGUCGGUGAAGGCAAAGAAGCGGUUAAAGGUGCUUUAAUCACCACGCAUUAUACGGGCUGGUUAGAAGAUGGAACCAAGUUUGACUCAUCUUUAGACCGCGGAAACUACUUUGAAACCGUGAUUGGGACAGGCCGUGUCAUUAAAGGUUGGGACCAAGGUAUUAUGGGCAUGAAAGUGGGCGGUAAACGUAAACUCAUCGUGCCGUCACAUUUGGCUUAUGGUGAGCGUAAAAUGGGCAAUAUUAUUCCUGCCAAUUCAAAUUUGAUUUUUGAAAUUGAAUUGUAUGAUGUAAAAACA